AUGAUAUCGAGAACAUGGGCUGGGAAGUCCUUGGAUAAGCAGAAACAACUCCUGGAUGGGCAGUCGGAUGGACUCAAGGAUCUUCAACUCCUAACUCAAUUUCAACCAGAAGCACUAGAAGAGAGCAGGAGUACUCUGCAACACUUUGCUGAAUACGGCCACGAACAGCAGGAAGAGCUUCUUCAGCGGCAAGAACAACUUCAGAAAGUCCAUGAUCACUUGGUUGAAAAUUCAAAUUCAAUAUUGGCUGCUCAGGAAGCUUUUGAAUCAAAGCAAGCAAGCAUGUACCUUGCUCUGGAGAAGCUGUCUGCUCUGCAAAAUGCUAUGUUGCUUGAAUCAAGAAUAAUUAAAACUUUCAUCCUCUACACUGCAUCAAUCUUCAUCAUCUACAUGUUAACCAGUCUUGUUGUCACAUUCCUGGUAGAAGUUGCAAUACUUCGGCCUACAGCGAAGAGUAUAGAACCACAAACAAGGCUAAUUAAACUGGUCAGGAUAGUCUAUGGGCUUCUUUCCUCUGUUCAGUUUCUACAUGCCAUUUACACAUACAGAUCAAUGUCAUGCAAAAAAUAUAAGGACUUGUCAUGGGAAACAGAUAGUGAUGUGGACUGGUCUUCUUGGAUUGAAACUGAGUUAGCAGAAGGGGAUGACAGUUUUGAAGACGCUGACUUCAUAGAGGAGGAGACAUUGAAGUAUGGGGAUCGAUGCAAUCGGCAAUCGGAGGGAGAAUGUGGCAGAGUAGGUGAGGAAAUGGCAGGAGGCAAAGUGAUGUUAUUCCCAGCCUUAGGAUGA